AUGGAGCUCGGAAGCCCAAACCAGAGGAACGAGAAAUUCCAAGAAAAAACAGUAACCCUGUUGCCCCACAUUCCGUAUGAUAUCAUUCUGUAUAUUCUCUCUCGGACACCAGUUAAGUCUCUUCUCCGAUUCAGGUGCGUGUCCAAAUCUUGGUGUGCUUUGAUAUCCGAUCCCAAAUUCAAUCUUUCAAUUCAACAACGGAAAAUUGUGGCCAUGCGUAAACAUGAUGGGAGUUUUCCCGCCUGCUUGAUAGACGAUGAAGCUUCAGUAACGGAGCUCCCUGAACCUGAACCAUUGACGGACUUGAAACCAUUGAUGGACUCCAUCCCAGUGAUGGACGGAAGGCUGCGUUGUGUCGUGACAAUCAGGGGUUCGUGUAACGGGCUGCUGCUGUUAAAUGUCUGGGAGGACUUGUUCUUGUGGAAUCCUUUAACAGGAUGCAACAGGAAAGUAAUUUCACAUCAGCGCUUGAGUCGUCGCUACCCUUAUAAAACUGUUUCAGGCCUUUGUUACGACUCAUCCACUGACGAUUACAAGGCAGUACUUGCAGUCGCAGAUCUUUGGGAUAGAACGAGCCUUGACAAAGUCGUCAUGGCUGGAAGCUUCAAAAAUAGAGUUUGGACGGAAAUUCCCUUCCCAAAAAACAUGGGAAUAGUACAGUCGGGAACUACAGUCAAUGAACGUCUGCAUUGGUUGGUUACUGAAUACAACGACUAUGGGCGAUCUUACUUGAUUUUUUACUUUGACCCUCCGAUGAACGAACUUGUGAAGGUGUCAAUGCCUCGUCAGGAGGGAACGGGAAGAGGAAAGUACAAUUUAAAAGUUCUUGGUUUGGGAGUUUUGCAUGGAUGCCUUUCUAUGGUUACGCGUGAGGGGAGCGGUGUUGAGAUAUUAGCGAUGACGAAAUAUGGGGACGAGGCAUCUUGGACGAGGUGGUUCAGGAUACCCACCGUUGAAAGACUUGACUAUGUCCGCGAUUUGGUGCCAUUGUGUGGUACAAAGAAUGGGGUUUUGCUACUGCAACAGGGCAAUUACGACGUCGUUUUGGAGUACAAAUCUGGACGAAAAGUGCCCUCGGAGUUUAUGUUCCCUUAUCGAACUCUGGGUAUUGGUGCUGUUGUGCUUGAAGAAAGUCUGGUCUCACCUCCCAGGUACGAAUGGGAGGAGGAAGAGUAUACAGAAAUUUUGCUUUCUGGGGCGACGUUAAAAUGGAAGCGCGGAGAUAGUCAAUUUAACCUAAUCGAUUCGUAG